CAACAGCUUUCUGAGCAGAUACUGCCCCACCCUGGCCGGCAGAGAAAGGCCAGGAAUACACAAAGAAGGCAGAGCGACAGGACCUAGCCCUCAGACAGACAGUAACCAGAACUUGGUGCAAGGGGCCAGGCUGUCCAGCCCCUCCCUCCCCCGCCUCCCCCCGCCCCCCUCCCCCGGCUCCUGGCUGCUGGGGAAGGCUAGAUAAGGCAGGAUGCGGAGGCGGAGCCUCUGGCAGGGAUGCAGGCCUCACGUGACGGCUCUGCACCAACUCCCACGCUCGGCUGCAACGCCAGCCGCGACUCACAGUAGCUCAGCUGCUCGCUCUAGAGCGGUGGCACCUGCUCCGAAGGUACCGGAGAACCGCCCGUAAGAGAGGCCCGGAGGCGAAGGAGAGAAGGUCUGCAGAGCAGUUUGGCAAAGCAUCUUGCAGCGAUAAUCCAGAGGAGGAAACAAGCAAGGAUAGGCCCAGGAGCAAUGGAGUCCAAACAAGAAAAACCAGCACAGAACCUCGACGAAAAUGAACAUGAGGAAAAGAAAGAAAAGGAACAAGUUGCUACUAAGAAGGAACCCAUGGCUCAGCCUUCGGAAGCCGGGGUUCCUAGAGCGAAUCGCAGGCGAUUCCGUGUUAGGCAGCCCGUCCUGCACUAUAGAUGGGAUCUGAUGCAUAGGCUUGGAGAGCCCCAGGCAAGGAUGAGAGAAGAGAACAUGGAAAGGUUUGGGGAGGAGUUGAGACAGCUCAUGGAAAAGCUGAGGGAAAGGCAGUUGAGCCAUAGUCUGCGGGCAGUUAGCACCGAUCCCCCCCACCAUGACCACCAUGAUGAGUUUUGCCUUAUGCCCUAAAUCCUGAAUCCUGAUGUGUCCCCUAAGGAGAGACCCCUGCUUCCUAAACCUACAUGUUUGUGAUGUACUCUUGUAAAUCUUUUGAUGUUCCUUGUGGGUCUCCUAUUACCAGCUUCUAAUUGAAUGUUGUGUUUUUGACCCCAUCUGUAAGAUUUUUGUUAGCAGGAGAAUUUAUCUAUUGCAUGGGAAGAUGUUCAUCAUAUAUUGUGAAGUUAAUAAAGCAAUUUAAAAA